UUUUACUUCCUUAGUUAUAAUAACAAAAGAGAGGACACCAAGCAACCAGUGAUUCAAAAAAAAAAAAAAAAAAUGCAGGAACAAGUAGCAAUAAUAGUUGGAGCAGGCACCUCUGGGCUUGCCAUAGCUGCUUGCCAAAGCCAGCAAUCAAUCCCAUACAUAAUACUUGAGAGAGAAGACUGUAUUGCUUCUAUAUGGAAGAAAUACUCCUAUGACCGUCUUCACCUCCACCUUGCAAAGGAACUUUGUGAACUCCCUUACAUGUCUUUCCCUGCCUCUUAUCCCAAAUACGUGCCCAAAAACAUGUUCACACAAUACUUGGAUGACUAUGUCUCCCAUUUCAAGAUUAGUCCUAUGUACCAAAGGAAUGUGGAGUCUGCUGAGUACAAUGAAGUUUCCAAGAGAUGGUUUGUGAAGGCUAGGAAUGCAAGUUCAGGUGAGGUUGGGAUAUAUUGUGCAAAGUUUUUAGUGGUAGCCACUGGGGAAACAACCAACCCUUAUAUCCCAGAGGUUGAAGGAUUAAACACUUUCACUGGUGAGGUUCUUCAUUCUACUCAAUUUAAAUCAGGGAAGGAUUUCAAAAACAAGAAUGUUUUGGUUGUUGGGUCUGGAAAUUUUGGCAUGGAGAUUGCUUUAGACCUUGCAAAUCAUGGUGCCAAAACUUCCAUUAUUAUUCGAAGUCCGAUUCAUAUUCUCUCGCGAGAGAUGAUGGACUUUGCCAGAAUUUUAGUGAAGUAUUUAAAGCCUAGUUUGUUGGACUCCUUGGUGGUCAUGCUUAGCAAGCUGGUUUAUGGGGACUUGACCAAGUAUGGGAUAAGAAGGCCUACAGAGGGUCCUUUCUAUAUGAAAAGAAUGUAUGGCAAGUAUCCUCUUAUUGAUGUGGGUACCUGUAAAAAGAUCAAGUCCGGAGAAAUUCAGGUAUUGCCCGCAGAAAUACUAAACAUAAGAGGCAAUGACAUAAUAUUCAAGAACGGAAAGUCACAUCCAUUCGACACAAUUGUUUUUUGUACUGGAUUCAAGAGGUCAACAAACUUGUGGCUUAAGGGGGAUGAUUAUCUUUUGAAUGAGGACGGGCUUGCAAAGCCCAAUAAUCCUAACCAUUGGAAGGGAAAGAAUGGAUUGUACUGCGUUGGGCUACUUCAAAGAGGGUUUUAUGGAGCUAGUACUGAAGCCCAAAACAUAGCCAAUGAUAUCAAGUCUAUUAUGUAAUGUCCUCCAAAAAGGAAUGAAAAUAGAGGACACAAGAAAAAACGGCUACUGUGAUAUAUUCUUGUUUUGUUUGUUGCUUUUGUGGAGCAUUAGUGCCGUGAGAAAGCAAUGCAAAGCAAGUGAAACUUUUGCAAGCACUUUUAAGAAUAAAGGAGGAGGACAAUAGAGAAUUCUUAAACAUUCAUAAGCUAGCUUAUGUGAUCAAUCUUGACCCACUUUAUUUGUUA